CUGAAGUCACCGUUGUUCAUAAUGUGCUCCCUGCAGAUGUCCAGCAGCUGGUUUGGAUUAAACCAGAUGUCCCCCCUGAGGACCAGGACCAAGAGGACCCAGAGCCCCUUCAAAUAAAAGAGGAGCCGGAGCCCCUCCUCAUAAAAGAGGAGCUGCAGGAUCUCUGGACCCGUCUAGAGGGAGAUCAGCUCAUUGUGCUGGAGGAGGCCGAUAUCACCAAGUUCUUAUCCACUGCUGUUACUGUGAAGAGUGAAGAUGACGAACCUCAGACCUCACGGCUUCAUCAAAGCCAGACGGAGGACAACAAAGAGGCGGAGCCUCCCGCCUGCAGCUCAGCUACGACAAUACAGACGGAAACUGAUGGAGAGGACUGUGGGGGAUCAGGACCAGACAGGAACCUAAAUCCACAUCGUCAUUCACAUCCAAAUGCUGAUGAUGAAGAGGCUUCAGACUCUUCUGAGACUGAGGUCAGUUGUGGUGAUUGGCAAGAAGCUUUGUCAGAUUCUGGACCUGACAGUGAAGACGGGGACAAUGUCUGGAAGGAGCCCAGGGCACCUGAGUCUGCUGCACAUGCCCUGAAAUAUAAGGAAGCUCUUGUAAGUCAUGUGGGAUGUAACACCGGCAACAAAUCCAAUGAAUCACGAUCAAAAGAGCUCAUGAGAGAGAAAUCAUUAAGGUGUGAUGAUUGUGGGAAAAUAUUUACACAACAGGGACAUCUGAAGACACACAUGAGAGUCCACACAGGAGAGAAACCAUUCAGUUGUGAUGUUUGUGGGAAAAGAUUUACAGAACAGGGAAAUCUGAAGACACACAUGAGAGUCCACACAGGAGAGAAACCAUUCAGUUGUGAUGUUUGUGGGCAAAGAUUUACAGAACGGGGAAAUCUGAAGAGACACAUGAGAGUCCACACAGGAGAGAAACCAUUCAGUUGUGAUGAUUGUGGGCAAAGAUUUACACAACAGGAAGCUCUGAAGCUACACAUGAGAAUUCACACAGGAGAGAAACCAUUCAGUUGUGAUGUUUGUGGAAAAAGAUUUACACAACAGGGACAUCUGAAGACACACAUGAGAGUCCACACAGGAGAGAAACCAUUCAAUUGUGAUGUUUGUGGGAAAAGAUUAACACGACAGGGAGCUCUGAAGCUACACAUGAGAGUCCACACAGGAGAGAAACCAUUCAGUUGUGAUGUUUGUGUAAAAACGUUUGUAUCACAGCAAGGUCUGAAGAAACACAUGAGAGUCCACACAGGAUAGAAUGUGUUUCUUCCAAUAGCGACAAAUUAACUAUGUGAGUUGUUCUCUUUCUGUUGUGUUUAAUAAAAAUAAGGUAAUUUUUAAAAAAUUGUUUCCCAUGUAAUUUGUUUGUAAAUGAGAUGGAAGGCAAAGUGUUUUUUAAUCAUUUGAUAAAUCUUUAUUAAAAACAAUAACAACAUACUGAGUGUCUUGGAUGGAGGAAACUAAAAACAAACUAAAAACUGCACAAAUACGUCUGUAUUUAAAAUGCAUUUUCCCUGUAAUUGUUUAAAGUCUACAUAAAGAGACUUUUGCAAGUUCA